AUGGCAGCCGCGACUAAUCCGCUCCAUGGCACCCAUUCGCCGUCCAGCCCCGCGGUUUCACGCAAGACGUUCACUAUUGCCGGCAUUUUGACCACAGUGUAUGGCCUCGAUGAGCUCGUUCCAUCCAUUGAGCCAGUCGCCUGUCUCUGGCUUUUACAUCCCCGGCUUCAGACGCAGGAAACCAUGGCGCCGGUCGCCGCGCAGACGAUACACGCCUGGAAUGAUCGGAUAAGAGAUGGGAAAGCAGGCAGAACACCCAAAGGACUCAUUGCUGUCACUUUUGAUCAGCGUAAUCAUGGCUCAAGGCAGGUUGACAAGCUUGCGAAUGAGGCCUGGCGACAAGGGAACACACGGCACGCCCAGGAUAUGUUCUCUUGCUACCAUGGUACCGCAGUCGACACCUCCCACCUCCUGACCUAUCUUCCCUCUUACAUAUUCCACCCACCCUCACCACACCGCCUGACACAGCACCUCGUUCUCGGCGUCUCACUGGGUGGUCAUGCAGCAUGGCACUGUAUCCUGCAUGAUGCUCGCAUCACGGCCGCUGUGGUAGUCAUCGGCUGUCCAGACUACACUCGCCUCAUGACCGAUCGAGCUACCAAAUCCAAGCUCAAGACUUGGACAUCCAGCUCGCCGCCUGGCUCCUCCUUCCUUGGCUCGCAAGACUUUCCCAAGUCUCUCAUCGACGCCAUUGCGCGCUAUGAUCCCGCCAGUCUGCUAUUGCCAGGCAUAGACGACGGUUCGUCGCCGUCUCCAGUGGCAUCGCAGAAGUUCAAGCAGCUAUUAAAGCAGCACCUUGGAUCUAAAAGGAUCCUGAAUCUUUCUGGAGGCGCGGAUAAACUGGUACCAUAUGCAGCGGGCGAUCCAUUCCUGCAAGUGCUGAAGAAGACUCUACACGAGGACCCAGAACUAGACAUAGAACUUGAGGAUGUCGUUUUCGACGGCGUAGGUCAUGCUUACACGCCUGCCAUGUCUGAGCGAGCCGUGGGCUGGAUUGGUGACAUACUGGCGAAGACGGGAGAAGGUACCAAAGACUCAAAGAUAUGA